CGAAACUCCCUCAGUCCUCGCAACAAGCCCUAGGUUCUUACAGCAACGUUACCUGUCGCCGUGGACCGGAGGAGGACGACCUCCGACGACCUUCCGCCGACGAAUAGGAAAUACGAAGAGGUACGAAGGAGAAUCGAACAGUUUUGAUGAUACUGGUGCGACUCAUUCCAGCUACUGAAAGUCCUAUAAAGGUGAUGAUGGUCCAUGUCUUUAUGAGACAUUGAUUGAUGGAUCUUGAAGGAAAGAAGUUUGGAAGAGGGCCAAGGGAACUAACUGGUGCCGUGGAUCUUAUAAACCAUUACAAGUUGCUGCCUCACCAUGAGUUUUUCUGCAAGAAAUCACUUCCUUUGUCAAUUUCAGACACACACUAUCUUCACAAUGUAGUGGGUGAUACGGAAAUCAGGAAAGGGGAGGGAAUGCAAUUGGAUCAGCUUAUUGAGAAUACUUCCUAUUCAAGAGAUUCAAAUGCACGAAUACAGCCGUUUGACCUAGACAUUCUAAGCGAAGCUUUUCAACUGAGAGAGACAACACCUGUUGAUCUGCCUCCUGCAGAGAAAGGGGUUCCCACCAUUUCAGGAAAAUCUAGAAGUGAGUCCAAAGACAAGGAGAGGAAGCACAAAAAGCACAGGGACAAAGAUAAAGAGAAGGAUAAGGAACAUAAGAAGCACAGACACCGUCAUAAAGAUCGAAGUAGAGAUAAGGACAAGGAGAAAAAAAAGGAUAGAAGUGGGCAUCAUGAUUCUGGUGCUGAUCACUCAAAGAAACACCACGAAAAGAAGAGGAAGCAUGGCGGUGAUGAAGAUCUUAGUGACAUGCACAGACACAAGAAAAGUAAGCAUAAGAGCUCAAAGAUUGACGAGAUGGGUGCCAUAAAGGUAGCAGGCUGAAAAUUGGAAUGUAGUCUAGUUUAUUUGUUGUCUUCAGAUCAUUGCUGUGGAAAAUUUGGAAGGGGAUUUCACUUAGUGUUGUACAAUUUCUUGAGGUACAAACAACCAUAACUUGCUAUUCUAGCUAAUAUUCGUUCUUCUUUCUUGUAUAAUUUUUUGCUAUAAUCUGUUGAAUUUUCAGUGGGGUGGACCUAUAGGAAAACACUGUGUAGACUUGCACUGGUUGAAGGCCUCCAUGUAGUUUCAGUUUGAGGAUUAACAUGUCCAAAAGAAGUUUAGCUGCUAUUAAUUUUAGUCUGGAGGUGCUGUUGGAUGAUGAUACUAAUUUUAGCUUGAAUUCUGAUUAGGGGUUUCAUUAUGUGGCAAUCCUUGUUCAUAUAGCUGUAUAGGAUCCUGUAAUUGUUCUAAUGAUGCUGCUAAUUUUAGUUUGAAUUCUGAUUAUGGGUUCCAUUAUGUGGUAAUCCUUGUUUGAUAACUGUGUAGGAUCCUGUAGUUAAAAAUUUUCUUAGCAUCUUAAUAGUUAGAAGGGUGUUUCUUCUUUUUUGGGGGUUGUGCUUCUAUAAUCCAGCUUUCUUGCUAUUGUUCCUCAUUUCUUUGGGUGACAGAUUGGUUGGAGAAAAAUUGAUGAGAGAUUUCCUUUGGCACAGUGUGGGGAAUGAGGGUGAUAAUUUGCUUGGUUGGAAAGCAUGUAUGGGUCUAAAUUUUCGGUGAGAUUCAGGUCUUGGCAAAUUCUUGUCCAAGAACAUUGCUCCUGUGGGAAGUGGUUAUAAUGAUUUUCCUUGGAAACAAACUCCCUUUGGCUAAAGUAAUAAAGACUUUACUCCAGAGAUGGUGCUAUGCUAGCGUUGCUAGGAGUUUGGAAAGAGAUGAUCUAUAGAGGGUCAUGGUUGCUAAGUUUCCACUCGAGGGGUGGGGGUUUUUAGGGUUUGGAUUUGUAGGCAAUAAAUCACUCUUAUGAUGAGGAGUUUGGCUGUCCAUUUUGAAGGAGUGGGCUUCCUUGGCUUAUGUGGUUUCAUUAGAGUAUGAUGCCCCUUCCAGAGCUGCCUUUUUUUUUUUUCUGCUCAGCCUGGGCAGUGGCUUGUAUCUUGAUGGCUGAUAAUUUGGAAAGCUAGAGGUCCAUCAAGGACGUGGCAAACCUUUGUUUGGUUGGUAAUCCUUAAUAUAGUAGGUUAACACCAUCAUCCUAUUGUAGGUUAACACAACAAAUUUUCUUUUCUUUUCCUUUUUUUUUUUUUUUUUCUUUCAAGAGGUUGUGUUGUGUUUCUAUCCUUUUCUAAAUAUGCUUAUUCUUAUGUUAAAAAUAAAUUACAAUAAUAUUAAAGCAUUUGGAUGAGUAUUCAAAUUAAUACAGCACAGAGCUAGAUCUUCUCAAUUUUACUGUAGCAAUAACAGAUAAGUCUAAAAAAAAUGCUUCUUGCGUCUACAGGAAAGAGUCAAUAAGGUAAGAAUCACAUUAUCUGGUCUUUUGACAGUAAGUUCCCUUUUUGGAAAUUUGCUCAGUUGGAUCGGUGGUCAGUGAGGGUAAAGUUAUUACAAGGAUCACUUUUCUUCCUAGAAAAAAGUUAGGACCGUACUUAUUUUGUGUGGGCAGUGGAGGUAGGUGCCCCUAUUGCACCAGAAGAUGAUUAGCUUGAUGGGGUGUGUUUUGCUAUUUCUUCCUUUCAAUCUUGUCAAAAUUGUUAUGCUUUUGAAUUACUUGAAGAAGACAAAGAAAGUUAGAGGGGUGUUUUGCCUAUAAAUAUUAGAAACUUCCCACCAUUGAAAUUCACCUGUCUUUAACACGGUAAAACCAUGCCAAAUUGUUUGUCUCCGAUAAACCCCGAGAUGAUGCAUAGUUUGGUAAUCGUAUUUUUUUUGAGUUACAUGAUCAACAUGUUCAUAUUCUGGCUCAUAGUUUAUGAGGGUUGGUGAUUAUUUAUUUAUUUAUUAUUAUUUUUUGAGUGUGUGUGCUUAGGUGUGAAUGUGGGUACAGGGAAGCAGGGAGAUGUUUAAGCGUCGAAUGUAAGAUGCAUCUAGAAAGUGUCUAUUAUAAUAUUGACAAAAACAUGGACUAUAAAAUACAAUCUAGCAUAUAUCUUAUAGUAUUUUAAAAAAUAUAUUUUUGACUUGUAAACUAAAUUUCAUAAAUAGCUGUAAACUGGCAAUCUGACACAGUUGCUUUGAAGACAGUUUUUCACAAAAAAUUCCAAAGAAGUUGCAGAAUUACAUUGUAAUUCCAUAUAUAUAUAUAUAUAUAAUCCAAGACUGACAUUCUUAAAAUGUACUACUACCGAAAGUAAAUUGAGGUUAAUAAUGAGGGGUUUGAGGAGAGUGAAGCUUUAUUAUGACAGGAGCAAAAUCUGUCAUGAUCAUACUGAGGCUUUGUGAAUAGAUUCUACAUGAAAACUGCCAAAUUGAGGUUCCAAAGUGCUAGCGUCACUUAGUAGUGGAAGUUGCUGUAACUAACUUCCAGGUUUUAGAAUUUGUGAGUGGUUGGUGGUUCGUUCAAUGUAAAACAUUGGCAUCAUGUGAGGGCUGAUUUACUCUAUCUAAAUUGCACAAGUAUAGGAGAAUGGCCAAAAGGAAUGAUACUACCCCUCUUCCCUGGCAGGGAAAAAGAGUGGAGUGUGGAUGGAGAUUCUAAGAGAACAUGAAUCAUAAUGAUCUAAUAGAAUACUCCAUCCCACAUGAUGCAAGUUGGUGAAAACUUGUGCGUGGCCCCAAAUUGCCAUGCUGUGGCAGAUAAUGUGUUUUUUCCCCCCUCCUUCAUAAGGUUGGAGCAUGCCUCGAGGAAGCUUGAGCUGAUGUUACAAACCUGUUAAGUGGUUGAAUCCAAACCAUUGUUUUAAGGGGAAAAAAAACCAUAUUAAUGACUAACAGGAAAAAUUGGGAAUAUCCUUUGAAAAAAUAUGUAUUGGGUGAAAAUAAUAUUUGGACAGUCAUCCAAAGUAUAAGCAAGGUGUUCCUGAACUUGUGUUGUAUGUGCAGGAGUGCUGAAGAUCAUCUGUCCUAAUAUUGUAGUAUGGUGAGGGAGUUAUGAUCUUUAUUCUUAUUUUGUUUUUGGCUUCUCUUAGUGGUGUCUAGACCCCUUCAGGAUGCUAAUGUAUCUGCUUACUGUUGACAUGGGAUGUCAAGUCCAAUAACCUUAGUUGGGAGUAGUGCCCCGCUUUGCCUCAUGGUGCAUUCAGAAAGGAAAAACAGUUGAAGGAUUAGAGCUCUGAAAGCAUUAACAAUUUCUGAGGCUGUUAUGUUGUGGUUGGAGAGUUGGAGUGGAAUUUCUGAAUCUGUUUCUCAUAAUUUCCUUCUGUACAACCUGUUGGAUUUUUUCAAUUAUGGAUCAGAUUAUAACAAAAGCAUCUUACUUAAGCUCAAAUGUGCAACCCUUCCUAUGUUUUCCUUGUUAGGUAUUGUUUUUGUUAUUUUUGUUUGCUUGGAGGAUGCCCCUCUCUCUUUUUUAUCUGUUUCUUCUCCUAAUAAUUUUUUUUUGUCAAAAAAGAAAAUGUAACCCUUAUUGUAAUAAAUCAGUCUUUCUAUGUAAUUAAAUUGUUUCUGUGCAAUUCUAGGACUUGGAAUGAAAACAGUGAGUAAAUGGCCUUGAUGAGUAGAGAAAUGAGUCACCAUCUCCUCGGUUCACUGCUUUUUGUGUAUUUGCAUGCAUAAAUGUGCUUACAAGCUGCAACUCUAGAUGUAUUUUGUGGGAGCUUUACUGUUGAUUUUGCUAGGAUAUGUUAGCCAUAUCAGGUGGGCACAAUGACUUGUGUUGUGGGAAGCUCAGCUCUUCUUUUCCAUCGGCUUAUCAUAUCCUUCCCUGUUGUAUUUUGUGGGAGCUUUACUGUUGAUUUGCUAGGAUAUGUUAGCCAUAUCAGGUGGGCACAAUGACUUGUGUUGUGGGAAGCUCAGCUCUUCUUUUCCAUCGGCUGAUCAUAUCCUUCCCUGUUGUGUACCUAUUUCAGCUUAUUUUUCUUAGAUGUCAAAUUCUGGAUGGGGUAUAAUGCCAUCUUUCUAGUUCAUUGACUAGCAAAGUUAGUACUGCCAUAGAAUUGUUAUCAUUGUCGUUGUUACCGUUACUUCUGAUAUUUUUAUUUAAAAUGGGGAUCUACAGUUCUCUAUAUAUUAGAGUUAUUCCUUAGGCUCCCUAUACAGUUUUGUUAAUGGUGGAAUAAACCAAUAAAAAUGCAAACAAUGCAUGCUAUUGUUUGCGAAGACACUUGUGUUGCUUAACGAUUUUUUCCUCUGCGCAGUGGUAUCUGAAACUUGACUAAAGAUUGCUGAGGUGGUGAAUUCGCUCCAUGAAUAUUUGGAUGCAAGGUACAAUUUGCUGAAAAUGGACUUCUUUGUACCAUAAAGAGUGCCUUAAUAUUAAUUCCAGUAACAUGAGGAACUCUUCAUCCUUCCUUUUUCCAGUUCUUUUUAUAGUGCAUGAAUAUCUCGUAAUAUUCUUCUUUUUUAUUAGAAUCCAAAGCUAAGUUCCAUAUUGGACUGAACUAGAGUUGCAGGUGUAGCUUGAAGAGCUUAUGAAAGAUGGAAAUGUAUUUUGAUUC